AUGCACGCCCUCGUCGUAAUCUCCCACCCAGACCGCCGCUCCUACACGCACCAAAUCGCCUCCAGCCUCAUCACCGGCCUCACCUCCCCUGACAACACCACAAUCCCACCCCCAACCUACGAAAUCGCGGACCUCGCCGCGGAAAACUUUGACCCGCGCUUCACCGCCCACGACUACGACGUCGCCUCGGGCGCCGCCAACCCCCACCCCUCCAUCCUCGCCGAGCAAGAACGCAUCUCUCGCGCCGACGUCCUCAUCCUCAUCUUCCCCAUCUACUGGUGGUCCCUCCCGGCCCUUCUCAAAGGCUGGAUCAACCGCGUCUUCCACGCCGGGUGGGCGUUCCGCGUCGACUACGAGAGCGUGUCCGUGGAGAAGAAGUUGACGGGGCUGAAGGGUGUGUUUAUCGGGGUGGGCGGGAUUACAAGGGGGACGUAUGAGAGGAGGGGGUAUUGGGGCGCUAUGAGGACGGAGAUUGGUCAGGGGGUUUUUGAUUUUUGUGGGAUGGAGAGGGGAGGGGAGGAGUUGGUUUUGCCUAGGUAUGAGGCGGUGGAGGGGUUGGAGAGGGUUAGGGCGUUGGGGGCGAGGUUGGCUGGGGAGGGGAAGUAG